AUGGACGCCGUGGACCCAGAGACCUACCUCCAGGAGACCGCGGACAAGAUCCAAGUCCUCGCACACGAGCAGUACAUCACCCCCGACCACCUCUCCCCCGCCUCCGUCGCCCCGAGCCCGCUCGACCAGUUCCGCGCCUGGUUCACGUCCGUGCAGGGCAAGGUCCACGAGCCCGAGGCCAUGUCCCUCUCCACCGCGACCGCCGCGGGCGUCCCCUCCGCCCGCGUCGUCCUCUUCAAGCAGCUCGACCACCGCGGCUUCGUCUUCUACACCAACUACGCCUCGCGCAAGUCGCGCGAGCUCGCAGAGAACCCGCGCGCCGCCCUCGCCUUCUACUGGCGCGAGGUCCACAAGCAGGUCCGCGUCCUCGGUCACGUCGAGAAGCUCUCCAGGGAGGAGAGCGAGGCCUACUUCCGCAGCCGCCCCCUCGGCAGCCGCAUCGGCGCCUGGGCGAGCAGGCAGAGCGCCGUCGUCGGCGAGGACGAGCUGCAUCACCACGUCGAGGAUGUUGAGAAGCGCUUCGGCGUCAAGCAAGACGAUCCCGAUGGUGAUAUCCCGCUGCCUGAGUUCUGGGGAGGCUGGAGGGUCAUCCCGACCGAGGUCGAGUUCUGGGCUGGAAAGCCUUCUCGCCUUCACGAUCGCGUGCGGUACCUCCGCAAAGAAGGCUCGACAGACGAGUCGCCAGAGUGGACAAUAGAGAGGUUGUCACCCUAGCUAGAGCAUGUGAGGGCACGACACGAUUGCCCCAGGGAAAGAAGUAUACAAUAGAUUUGUACGAGCUAUGAAUGUUAUACAAUUCCUGCGUAGAGGGGAAACUCC